AUGGCCGACGCGCGAAAACCCUCAAAAGAAGAGCCGAAGAAAGAUAAACAGCCAAAGCUAGGAUUCUGCAAGAAGGUAACCAGCUCGUUGUUAGAAGACAAAGACCUCACGGCCACGAUAACCAAGACUGAGAAACGUGCCAUUUUGGUUUCGAGUGCGCUGAUUGUGCUUCGAAUUGACGAAAAGUCGAAUAUGGCCAAUGUUAUUGAAAUCGGAGAUUACAUAACGCAAGUCAACGGGGUUAGGAUCACAUCGAAAGAGCAUUUUUACAAGGAAAUCAAGGGAGUGCUGGCUAAAGGAAGUCCGGAGGUAAGGAUUCAUGAUAUUUCAAUUUGAAAAAUUAAAUUUUUUAAACUUUUUUUUCAAAAAAUUAUUGUUUUUACCACUAAUUUUAUAACCUUCACAGUUUAGUUUUAAAAAUCGGGUUGUCACCAAUAUGUUAUAAUAGAUAUUUUACUUCCAGACCAUCACAUUUCACAUACGACGCCCGAAGUGGAUGAUAAAGACAACAAGUCACGGCUUUGAGCAAGUUGCGGAAGGUUAUGACUACUAUACAAGUCUGAUGGUGUUGUUACCUGGCCAUGUCAUUGGAAUGAACAUAAGGGCAUAUCAAAACAGAGUGAGCUUUAACAUAAAUUUAAGGAUUUUUGGUUUAUUUUUGGCAUUAAAAAAUCGAAAAAUUUAUUUUUUGCGGCCUCAUGUAUUUGAAUCCUAAUUUUUGUAGGUAUACGUAUCAAGUGUUCAACCCCGUUCCCUAGCCGCCAGAAGCAUUCGUAUUGGUGAUUGUAUCGCAGGCGUUGAUCAAACCCCGUGUUUAUCAGUGAAGGACUGUCUCAACAUGAUGGAUUUCAUAAUGAAGAAAGACAAAGCAGUCACGUUACACUUGGAACGACCUGUAUCUCCAGAAGCCGUAGAAGUCGUGAAAGCAGCUUUGAGAGCAAGGAAGAACAAUAUGGCAGACCACCUACUGGCUCCAGAUGCCUGUGAGAUUGGGCGGCAACAAGCUGAGAAGAUUAGAGCUGGCAACCUUCCCAAGCCCAAAUUGAUUAUGAAGAAGCCAAACAAAAAGCCUGCGGCUGGAGAUUCUGUUAAGAGGUAGAUACUAUAGUAUACUAUGAUAUAGUACUAUCCAAUUUUUUCCGUUCUUAAGGUUGUAAAAUGAGCAUCUGCAGACUUUAAGAUGACUAUUUAUUUAGAUUUCUUCCUCUUACUAUAAAAUCAAAAAGUCUUGUCGCUGGUACCGUGCAAAACUAUAAAAAUUGGCGACAAAACUUUUUUCAACCUUAAUAUAAGCACGAGUAAGCCUAAUAACCAAGACUUCGAUUUCAGACAUGUCAAAGUAGAAGAAACGGCAUCACAAAUCAAAAUCGACAGUGAUCCAUUCAACCCCAUCUUUCUCGCUAGUCUACCACAAAACAGAGGAGAACCAUCACAGCCGGCUAAAUCAGGAAGAUCAGGAGACGUCGGCGGAAUUGGAAACUUUGAUAAGCAAUAA